AUGCCAACUCUCAACGAAAUGCCUGAAGUAGUUUUAACUGAUAUAAUGGACUACUUGGAUUUUCGAUCAAUAAUGUUGCUUCGAAAAGUUUGCCGUGAUUUUCGCACUUUUAUUGACGAACUCGUACCAUCUUCUUCCAUAAUCGGACUGGGAUUGACAGUGGAUCAAGAGAGGAUUGAGUUGGGAUUAGAAGACUCGCUUGCUGAAUUCCGGAAAGUAACAUAUUCUAAACCAGACCAAGAAAUGAACUUCUGGAAAAAUUUGGAAAUGAUUCUCAAACAUCAAAAGUCUCAUUUGGAAUAUUUUACUGUAGAUCUGGAGCCACCAGAAGAACAUAAAACGUUAGAUCAAUCUAUUCUGGAGAAAUUGCAUUCUGUGUUCCUUGACAAGCUCCAGAAUAUACUCACCUCCCGAAAAAUCCCAUUAAAAACCGCGAGUUUCAAUUUGGUGAUGGGAGAUCAAAACGAGAUCAUGAAGAUUUUGCCAAAUAUCGAUUCGGAGAAGCUGGAGGAGAUUUUAAUUUUCCCUGCGACAGGACCACAUAUGCGAGUGUUCAAAUUGGAUCAAGUAGUCGAAACUGAGCAAUGGAAAAAUGCGAAAGAGCUGGGAACGGCGAACUUUAUGGUGGAGGAACCGUUGGAGAAAUUCACACAUUUUGAAAGAUGUCGUAUUUGUGUUGACACAAUUUCACUGGAGUUGUUGCGUUCGUUGAAAGAGAUUUUCUUCAAUCACCCAACACUGGAAUAUUUUGAACUUCAUCACGAACCACAUUACAAAGGCAGAGAAUUGAAACAUUGGUUUGAGCAGUUAUUCGAAGGAACCUAUCCAGAUGAGGUUUAUCAAGAUCGUUGGUACUCCAGAAUACCAGGAAAUCCAGAAGACGUUCUAUCAAUUCGAGCCAGCUACUUCGAUUGGAUCACUUUUUCUCGUUGCAAAUUUUCUGACACACAGAUCAACGAUGAUAUCAUUUGA